AUGAGUUUAAUUGAAGAAUUAAAAACUGAGCUUGAAGUUUUAAAAUUGGAGAGAGAUGAAUUAAAUUCUGUAUCUGCCGAUUAUGAGAAGCAGAUGGAGGAAGUUAUAGAAAAUUUAAAAUUAGAAAUAAAGGAAUAUAAAGAGAACAUAAUUACUUUAGAAAUUAAGAAUGAUGAAUUAGAAAGUGAAAAUAUUAUAAAUACUAGUGUCAUUAAGAAUCUACGGAGUCAAAAUGAUGAUUUAAUAGAAAAAAAUGUAAUAUUAGGAGAUGAGAUUCUCAGUUUAAAAGAAACUAUAUAUAAUCUCAAGCAACGGUAA